UCUCUUUUUUUUUUUUUUUUUUUGUAUGUGUCUCUCAGGUAUCGUCUCUCAGGUAUCAGAUAUGAUGGAGUGAGAAUUGUGAGAGACAGCUGAAAAUAUUCCAGUAUAGCUGGUAAUUAGUUAUAGGGGCAAGAGUAUGUCCUGAAAAGCUGAAGAGGAUAUAGCUGUGAAGCUGUGAAAAUCAUUUUUCAUGAUAGUUAGUGUACAGAGUAUAAAUGUUUCAAGAGCAGAUAGAGAGAGCAACCAGAGUUGACUAUUGGCCCGGAACAAGUACUCUACAGGUAUCUUUGAGCUGGGAAACAAUGGGAACACAAGCAGGCGACUGCUCAGCUGUGACCCAGUAGUGACUUCUAAGGCCUUUGUUUUGGGGGAGAAAAGCUUGGCACGCUGCUGGACCCAACCAACGCCGACUCAGCUUCACACUUCCACUCCCAGACUGCAAGCUCUCACACAUACACACACAUAUACAUAUACACACAUAUACACAUUCUCUCUCUCUCUCUCUCUCUCUCUCUCUUCACUAGCCAUACUAUUCUUGUCGUAUUCUGUAUCUUACCCUCGCUUGGCUAUCUUGGUUUUGUCCUCGCCUGCGUAUCCUUAUUCCCCCAACCAUGUCCAGCCCGAAAGAUGAGGGGUCUGGAGUCCCCGCUAGCAGUCGAGGGUCCUGGUCCUCCUUUUUAAAGUCAAUCGCUUCUUUUAACGGCGACCUCUCCUCCCUGACCGCGCCCCCUUUCAUCCUCUCCUCCACCUCCCUCGUCGAAUACUCCGCGUACUGGGCCGAACAUCCAAAGAUCUUUAUUGCCCCGGCCAAAGAACCCGAUCCCGAAAAGCGGGCACUUCUGGUGUUAAAAUGGUUCCUUAGCACCCUCCAUCAGCAAUAUUGCACCCGCAGCGAGAAGUUGGGCAGCGAAAAGAAGCCGCUGAACCCGUUCUUGGGCGAGCUCUUUCUAGGCCGCUGGCAGGAUGAUGGCGAUGUGGGAGAGACACGGCUUGUUAGCGAGCAAGUAAGCCAUCACCCGCCGGUAACGGGUUAUGAAAUUGAGAAUGAGAAGCAUGGUGUGCAGCUCCAAGGAUACAACGCCCAAAAAGCUUCCUUCUCGAGCACUAUAAACGUGAAGCAAAUAGGUCAUGCCAUAUACUCCCUUACCCCGCAACCCACCGCAGACAACCCGUCCCCAAAACGAGAAACAUAUCUCAUAACCCUCCCUUCACUACACAUCGAAUCCCUAAUCUACGGAACCCCCUUCGUUGAGCUCAACAGAUACACUCAGAUAGUCAGCUCAACCGGCUACGUCUCCAAGAUCGAAUACUCUGGCAAAGGCUGGUUGAGCGGCAAAAAGAACUCCUUCAGCGCCAUCGUAUACCACGAGAACGAUGGAGAGAAGAAACCCCUUUACACAGCCGAAGGCCAAUGGUCCAACACCUUCGUCAUCAAAGCCGUCAAGGGCAAAAAGCAAGAAAUCAUAGACAAAUACUGCGCCAAGACAGAAAAGACUACCCCACUCACCCUCGCCCCGCUGGAAGAACAAGACCUGUACGAAUCACGGCGGGCGUGGAAGGACGUCGCCGCCGCCAUUGCCCGGGGGGAUAUGGACGCCACCUCCGUCGCGAAAUCAAAGAUCGAGGUCGCCCAGCGCCAGCUGCGCAAGCUCGAGCGCGAAGAGGGCCGCGAGUGGGAAAGACGGUUCUUCAAGUGCAUCGAGCCCAGUGAGGACGAUGAGGAGUUCCUCAAGUUGGCAGAGAAGCUGGGCUGGGCGGAUUCGAAGGGGAAUAAUAAUGCCGGCCUCGAGUGUGAUAAGACGGGUGGUGUGUGGAGGUUUGUGCCUGAGGCGGCCAAGGGGGCGGUCCCGCCGUACCAUAAGGAUGGGGGACGGGGCCUGGGGUUGGUGGCGGAUGAUGCCGCUGCGGAGGGGGUUGAGGAGGUAGAGGUGAAGGAAGGUGAUUGAGAAGUGAAAAACGAAGGGGGCCAUAUUAUUAUUAUUGUUUAAUCUGGGUCCCCUUUUGGUUUUCUCUUAGUUCUCGCUUGCGCCGUUCCUCUUAUCCUGCCGUCCCCCCUUCUUUUUCUCUUCUCUUCUUUUUCUAUACCUCCGUUUUCAAUUCUGGAUCUCUAUUCCAAUGAACCCAAAACAACACCCGGCCGCCUUAAUUCAUUUCCCUUUCUCACUCUUCUACAUAAAAUAAUCUUCUUGGCAUGGUUGAAAUCCUCCAGAUGGCGAUUUUCUUUUCUUUUUUUUUUUUAACCUCUCCGCUAUUCCCAAUCAUCCGAUUCCAGAGCCCCGUUUUUGCAUUUGCAUUUGUUUGCAUGGAGGGUUUUCCAUUUUAAUUUAUAUAUGGUUUAAUUUAUGUCCGUUCCCUUUCUCGUUCAUACAUAUAUAUUCCCCCUCCUCCCCUCCCCCCACCACCCCCCCCUGUUUUAGACAGACCGAAGAGCGAAGAGACUGG